CGCGAGCAUGGCCUCGCCGCAAAUGUACCGGUGGGCGUUAAAUUGAUAACUACCCAAUGCUGGUACCAGGUAGCCGACAAUAGCUUCGGUCUAAUCGGAUAUCCGCUUGUUCCUGCUGGGCUCUUCACUGAUCACUAUGGCAACUGAAAGCGGUGAUAAUAAGCUAAAGCUGUAUUCGUAUUGGAGGAGCUCUUGCGCCUUUCGAGUCCGAAUUGCUCUCAACCUGAAAGGGAUUAAAUAUGAGUACAAAGCAGUCAAUUUACUCAAGGGAGAACAAUCUGACCCUGAUUUCCUGAAGCUUAAUCCUGUCGGUUUCGUUCCUGUUCUCGUGGAUGGGGACUUUGUGAUUUCUGACUCUUAUGCCAUCAUUAUGUAUUUGGAGGAUAAGUUUACUCAGCGUCCAUUUCUGCCUCCUGAUUUACAGAAAAGAACAAUUAAUUUCCAGGUUGCGCAUAUCGUUUUCUCCAAUAUACAGCCCUUGCAAAACAUAGGUGUAUUGAAUUAUAUUGCGGAAAAAGUUAGCCCUGAUGAAAAGCUUCCUUGGGUCCAAAGUGUUAUACGAAAAGGCUUCACUGCAAUUGAAAAACUAUUGAAAGGCCACACAGGAAGAUAUGCUACUGGAGAUGAAAUUUUCCUGGCAGAUGUGUUUUUAGCACCUCAAUUACAUGCUGCAACAAGGUUCAAUGUUGACAUGGCAGAGUUCCCCAUUCUAGCAAGAUUGAGGGAAGCCUACAACGAGGUCCCGGCAAUCCGAGAGGCUUCGCCGGAGAACCAACCAGAUGCUCCUCCUCAAGGAACCUAGUCGAACCUAUAAUGUGGAAGUAUCAAGUGCUGGUCCCUGAAGCACUUGAGAAAUAGAGCUCUUUAAAUUGCUGGAGGAUCGUUUAGUCAGCUUCAGGUUAAAUCUUCCACAAGCGCGUGACAUGCCUUUUAUGGCAAUAAGGUUGUAAUGUGAUUAUGUAGAAUUCUAUUUAUAUGAAAUAAGUAAUAAGCUUUUUUUUUUUUUACAUGUACUUUUAUGAAACAUCUUGUUAGUCGAUAUUUAAAAAUGUUGACGUA